AUGGUUGCAGUGGGUUUUGGAUCCAAUAUUUUUUCAAUUGAAACAUUUCGUCAUGUACAAUUAAGACAAACUACAGUUGGUAUCCAUCUUCUUGUGUAUAGUUGUUGUUCAUUAUUUGGGCUGCUUAUGCUUGAAUGUCGUCUCUUUCAAUUAUUAGACUAUCUUACGUAUAUACCCUUCUUUAUUAUCUGUAAUGUUGUAUCUGGUCUUGCGUCUAUAUUUACUCGAAUUUGUCUUUGGAUAAAUGGACUCAUUGCAUUGCAACGAUCAUUACAUUCAUUCGAGCAUAAUCAUUUACUCAAUAAAAUUCGCUCACGAACAGCUGCACCAAAGCAAUUAUUUACUAUAAUUAUUUGUAUAUUUUUAAUGCAUAUACAUGAAUUAGCUUGUCGUGUAACAUUGCCUGAUCCAGUUGCUGAAGGAAAAUUCGUUUGCCAAAUUAAAUAUUCACCAGAAUUAUUAACAUUAAAUACAAUUUUUACAUUUCUUCAUUUAUUUGUACCAUUUUCAUUGAAUGUCUUGGCUAAUUGUUUGAUUAUGACAUCAAUCAGUCAACGACGAGCUACUCUUCAUGGAAGAACUUAUUGGUCACAAUGGCUUAGAGAAUUUCGACGUCAUGGUCACUUAUUUCUUGCACCAACAUUGGCUAUGGUAAUUGUUCGAUGUUAA